GAGGAGAGCGAGGGCAUGAGCGGAGCGGAGCCGGGGUCCGCCGGCGCGGCCCGGCCCCGCGGGGCCUCCCGGCGGCUUUACCCGGCCCUGCCCGUGUGGGUGGUGGAGGACCACCAGGACGUGCUGCCUUUCAUCUAUCGUGCCAUUGGUUCAAAGCAUCUUCCUGCCAGUAACAUCAGUUUUGUUCAUCUUGAUUCCCAUCCAGACCUUCUUAUUCCUGUGAAUAUGCCUGCAGACACCGUAUUUGACAAAGAAGCUCUUUUUAGUGAAUUAAGUAUUGAAAACUGGAUUAUGCCUGCUGUUUAUGCUGGCCACAUUUCUCAAGUAGUGUGGCUUCACCCGCAUUGGGCUCAGCAGAUCUCAGAAGGGGAACACAAUUUUCUAAUUGGGAAAGAUGUAUCAACAACUACGAUCAGGGUUACAGGCACAGAUAAUUACUUCUUAAGUGAUGGUCUUUAUGUUCCUGCUGAUCAGCUAGAAAACCAGAAGCCUUUACAUUUGCACGUCAUUCUCAUCAAUCCUAUGGAAUCAUCAAACAGCCGUGAAGGAAAUGGUGAGGCAGCAUCUGCUAAGAGACUGAAACUAAAUACAGAUGACGUAGCAAGUGCCACUUCUGCCUCUUCAGCGACUCCUGGUGACUUUGAUCACAUCAUCCUGACUGUGAAGAAAAAGGAAAUACAAAAUGCAGGUGCCCUGAAUGGGGCAGAAACCUUGGCAGAGGGCUCAGCUUCAAGCUGUCUCAAAAACCAUGAAUGCCCAAUAAGGGACAUUGUUAAAGAUGUUUGCCAAGUACUGCAGAAAGGGGAUGCAUAUGUUUUGGACAUCGACUUAGAUUUUUUUUCAGUUAAAAAUCCAUUUAAGGAGAUGUACACACAGACAGAAUAUGAGCUUUUGCAAGAGUUGUACAAUUUCAAGAAGCCACAUAAAAAUGCAACAGAGGAAGACUUGCUGGAUUGUGUUGAAAAUCGUGUUCAUCAGCUGGAAGAUCUGGAAGCAGCAUUUGCAGAUUUGUGUGACAGUGAUGACGAAGAAACCCUACAGAAAUGGGCUUCAUAUCCUGGAAUGAAGCCACUCGUUCAACUAGUUCACAGUUUGAAAACCAGGAUGGAAAGCCCAGACUACGAAAUGGUCCAUCAAGCAGGUCUGACCUGUGAUUAUGUGGAGCUUCCUCACCAUGUUAGCACUGAAGACGAGAUCGAAGGCCUCAUACAGUCCAUUAAAGUUCUACUGACAGAUCUGCCCAAGCCCACACUGGUUACAGUUGCUCGAUCAAGUUUGGAUGACUACUGCCCUUCAGAGCAGGUUGACAUCAUUCAAGAGAAGGUUCUCAAUUUGCUACGUUCAGUGUAUGGUUCACUGGAUGUGCACUUAGAUUACUCAAGCACUUCAUCUUCUUCAUGACCUUUCUUCAUGUGUUGCUGUCUAAUGCAGAGGAUUACAGUAAUUUUACGAUUAUAAGCCGCACCAUUUUGACUAAAAUUUUGGUCCCGACCCGAAAGUGCGGCUUA